CCGCGGCGGCACAUUUGGAUCGGCGGGGGAGACGCUGAGGGGAUAAGCACCAUGGAGCGGCCGGACGAUCCUUCCCUCGAGCGGCAUUUCAAGGGCCACAGGGACACCAUCACCAGCGUGGACUUCAAUCCCAACAUGAAGCAGUUAGCGAGCGGCUCAAUGGACUCCUGUGUGAUGGUCUGGAACAUGAAGCCUCAGAUGAGAGCGUACCGCUUCGUCGGCCACAAGGACGCCGUCAUGUCUGUCGAAUUCUCGCCCUCCGGGCACCUUCUUGCGUCGGCAUCCCGGGAUAAAACCGUACGGCUCUGGGUCCCCAGCAUAAAAGGAGAAUCUACCGUGUUUAAGGCUCACACCGGCACUGUGCGAAGCGUCAGCUUCUCUGGGGACGGGCAGUCUCUGGUCACCGCGUCCGAUGAUAAGACGGUGAAGGUGUGGACGCUUCACCGGCAGAAAUUCCUCUUCUCUUUGAACCAGCAUAUCAACUGGGUGCGCUGUGCCCGGUUCUCCCCGGACGGAAGGCUCAUUGUGUCCGCCAGCGAUGAUAAAACCAUAAAGCUCUGGGACAAAACCAGCAGAGAAUGUAUCCAUUCAUUCUGUGAGCAGGCCGGAUUUGUGAACUACGUGGACUUUCACCCCAGCGGGACCUCUGUGGCUGCAGCCGCAACUGAUAACACAGUGAAAGUUUGGGAUAUUCGAAUGAACAAACUCCUCCAACACUACCAAGUCCAUAGCGGGGUGGUGAACUCGCUCUCCUUCCACCCCUCCGGUAAUUAUCUCAUCACCUCUUCCAAUGACUCCACCCUGAAGAUCCUGGACUUGCUGGAAGGACGAUUACUGUACACACUGCAUGGACAUCAGGGCGCCGUGACUUGUGUCAGGUUUUCACGAGAAGGAGAUUUCUUCGCCUCCGGGGGAUCCGACGAACAAAUCAUGGUUUGGAAAACCAACUUCGACUCCACCAGCUACUCCGACCUCCUGAACCGCAAAGCGCGAGAUCCAACUCUGAAUGGCAUAGAGAGCAAGACAAGAUGUCCGCCCAAACGGACGCGCCCGCCAAUCCCCGAUCACCCAAUAUACGAGGUUAUCAGAGUUCAUGUGAUACAAAUGUUCUCCGCAGUGCUGUCGAUCUGCAGCCACUUCCUGUCUACAUGCACUCCACUGAUGACGGGUGAAUUUGAUGUGCUCGGUAACUUGGGGAAUGUAGAGAGAAGCCAAAGCCCCGGACCUCUGCCCAAUGUGCAGCGAGAGGAGAGAGACCUUCAGAACGUGGCCAACACUCUGGAGCACAUUGUGGGACAGCUGGAUAUCCUCACCCAGACGGUGGGAAUUCUUGAGCAGAGACUUUCCCUGACGGAGGACAAGCUGAGAGAAUGUAUAGAGCGGCAGGAGAGGGGGGGCCCCGCCCCCGUCCGCGGUACGCACAUGUGACAACCAUCGUUCU